CUUGGUGAAAGAAGUUGAAGCAAAAUAACACCGUUUUUUACGGCCAAAAAAGCGAUCCAAAAUGACUGUGAACUUGGAAGAAUAUUUUAGAACUACAUUUGAGGAUAAACUCCUUGUGUAAGUAUCAAAGAGAACCUAAUUGUGGUUAGAUUUAGUGAAAAUUUGACAAUUUGAAGUUCUCGCGCGUCUUACAUGAAAACUUUUACUUUUCUGUCGUUUCUAGCAAAAUGCCCGAGCGCGAGGACGAUCAUCUUACACCAGCCACUCGGCUUCUAGAAAAGAGACGAGAAAUGUCGGAAGUGGAACAAUCAUUAGGAGCUCAGAAAGAGGUUUUAAUAUUUGGUGGUUUAUUUAAAACUUAACCUUAAUACUGUACCUUAUUUAAGCUUAUCUAUCAAAAUAUGUAGAAAGUAAGAAAAAAUAAUAAGUCUUAAAUUAUUAAAUAAGUUAGUAUUUGAUAUGCUUAUAUAGGACAAGGUUUAUAUUUUAAAUUGUAAUAUUUGUCUUUCCCUACCAGCAUUUGAAAAUUUGGAAACUAUUAUUAUUAUUAUUAUUUCUAAUAUAUAAUCUAUUAUAAUUAUAAUCUUCGCAUUACUUAUUCAUUUUGCCUUGAGAAUGGUGUCAUGAUUAUACCGAAACGUCGACUUUUAACGUUAAUAUUCGCUUGAUUAUUAUUAUUAUUAUUAUUAUCAUUUAUUUUAUAAUCAUUAAAAAUAGCAAUGUACUAAUAGCAAAAUGAAGAAUCUGAAAGAUGAUCGAAGAUUUAUAGGCAAGUUAAUUUCUCCAAGAUUUUUGUCUGCCUGGUUUUUGAUACCUGCAAUUAUUAAAGAAAUGACUGUUGCAAUUCAACUUUUUGAGCCUAGUAUGGAGAUGCCAUAUUUGUGUCUCAUUGAGGGGCGCCAAAAUGGCAGCCUGCAACUAACGGAAAUAAUAGCACCACCUUUUGAACAACCGGGACCAGUUUUUGCGGAUUGUUGGGUUUCAACAGAUACAAUAAUUUGAUAUUUCCAUUUUUGUAGGAAUUUCAAAUGAAAAUGGAAAGUCUUCAACAAAGAGGAGAAGAACUUGAGAGGAAGGAGUUUCAGCUGAAAGAAUCAUUGUUAAAAUUUGAUAAAUUCUUAAAGGUACGUUGUUCAAUCUUAUUUGCUUCUGAAUACGCAAAUAAAUAUUAUAAACUUCAAAAUGAUACAAAAUUAAAGUUCAUGAUAUUCAUUUUUAUUGGCUGUAUAGGAAAACGACUCUAAGAGAGCAAGAGCUCUAAAAAAGGCAGCAGAAGAAAGGGAGAUGAGAAGGGCAAAAGACAGAGAAAUUGCAAGGUAUUGAUUCUUUAGAACAGUUUCUUAACGUUUUUUGUAAAAUUUAUCAAUUGUAUUUAUAGGUUAGUGACAGAAUUCAAAGCUAAGGAAUAUAGAUUAUUAUACAUUGUACUUUUCAUUAAUGGAGAACAAGAAAGCCUUGCCAGUCUUGUGCUGUUGGCCAUUGGUCAGGGCCCAGUUGUUCGAAAGGUGGAUAACGCUAUCCACUGGAUGAGUCUCCAGCCAGUGGAUGCAAUAAUAUUGAUUUCCCUAAUACUUGUCCUCUGGAUAUUGAUUUAUCUGGUGGAUUGUGCUACCCAACAUUUGAACAACCAGGCCCAGGUAUUUAAAAGGCUAACUGUGUUCUCUUAUGUAAAGUAUAGCAAUGCAAAAACACCAUGAUCAGGAAUCUAUUAACUUAUUUAAGGGCCUGCCAUCAGAGAGUCACCUUCAAAACUUGUGUCAAGUCCAGACUGGGUCAAGUCUUUGGAAAUAAAUCUGUAGGCUGUACUGCAACAUCACUCCCUAUGUAAUGUUGUUUGUGUUAUGUGCUAAAAGAAAUAAAAUUUGCUUUCCAGGUUGAAAGAGGAAACAUCAACUUUAAUAAAAGAGCGUGAUCAUAUUCAGUAUAAGUUAGAAAAGAAUGUCAUUUUUCAACAGUACCUUGAAAAAGUUCUGGAGGCUGCUGAAGAGGUACCAGACUACUAUCCUAGCUACUAUGUACACUAGCUGUUUUUUAAAGAGGAGAAUUCCAUGAUGUUAUUGUGGAAAUAAAGUUACGCAGACUGAAAUAAAUAAAUAAAUUUAAAGUACCGGGUUGCUAAUUUGGAAACAAGAAAGUUGUGUGUCUUGGAAACCUUUCAUAUUGUCUCAGAAUCUUGUUGUUGUGUUGUUUGUUAUAAGUCUCACCAAAAAAAUGACCACUCAAUUAAAAGUACCAUAAUGUAUAGGUAGUAGUAUUGAAUUUUAUUUUGGAGAGAGCUUUUGUGACAUAGGGAAACCAAACAGUGCAAAAAGUACCCUGAUCAUAUUGGUCUAACCUUAGCACGGUAAUGCUAUUCUCGCACUGAGAGACUGCUGUUUUUCUCUUCAAGUUUCAGGAAAUCCGUGAAGUGAUAGCUAGAUAUGAUACACUCACAGCAACCCAUCAGGUACUGGCCAGGGUAUAUUUCAUACAAAAUCGAUAAUGCUGACUUGACGAUAAUUAUUAGUUUUAUUUAUAAACAUUUGUUUCUGACUGCAAUAAUGUUUUGACUAUGAGAAUCAUUAAAUGUGCCUAUCAAAUGAGAAUAAUUAUUUUCACCUUUUUUAUUAUUGAAAUUAAUUGAUAAAAAAGAACUAUUUUGAUGGUAAAAUCAGGUUUUAAAAUGUUGCACCACAACAUGUUUUCUUAAAAUAGUGCUAAAUGCUGGUUGAGCAGUCUUAUGACAAAGGGAAACAUAGGAGAAAAGUAAAAAUGCUUGUGUUACCUGAUUCAGUUUGUUGGCAACAUAAAAAAUGAUACAAGUUGUCUUAAAACCAGAUGUUUUUCUUAAUCAGGAUCUAUUAGAAAGGGAAACAAAGAAUCAAGAAAAAUAUGAGAAAGAAAAGGGAAGAUUGGUGAAAUUCACAGAGGUAUGUUUCUUUGUGUCUUGUACUUAAUAUAAUUUUAUGUAAAUUUUGUUGGAAAUAAAUGCAAAACAACUUGCGAAAAAUAUUUAUUAAGACGCUGCAAACUUAGAAUGUAAACAACAAUUAAUUAAUUGAGACUGCUUAUUUUGUUUAACUAAGUCAGCAAAUAAUGUGAGUCAAAUCAUCAGAGGCGGUUGACUUUUAAAAUUCCUUCUUGCAAAUGAACAGAUUUAAGCGACAUAAAGAUUGCCGAUGCCCUAGCAGAAGCCUCGGGAUGGACCCUAGCAUCUUUCUUUUGCUUUUGGGUACCUAGAAAGUGUUAGUUUUUGUAUUAAACUCUAAAUUUCCAAGACUUGUCGUGUCUUUGGCUCCUUAUAGGUUAGCAACUAAAACGGUUUUUACAUUUGUAUUUUUUCUUAUUGUUUUACAAACUAUAAAUAUAGUUUUGGUCUGCAGAUGACAAUAUAUUCUGUACAUAUUUUUGUUUUCAUUUUCAGGAAAAGAACAACGAAAUACUAAACUACAACAACCAGGUAAAAAAAUUUACAUGAGGACUUAAGUUGAACUUCUUCACUACAAGCGCUGCAAGUAACUUUUAAAACAAUGAAGAUGAGACCACGGUCUUCUGUUUCACUUUGCGUUCUCACUGUGGACUUCAUGUAGAAGCUAUCCUUGUGUGACAAAACCGAGAAUUCAGAGCUAGAGAAAUAAAAAGACCAAUGAAAAUUUACCCUGGGUUUUCAGUUAACCCUUUAAGUUCCAAUAGUGACCAACAGCAAUUUUCUCAAAACGACCUGGAACCAUCGUGAACUGAAUCUUCUUCUUUCUUAAUUUGCGUCACCUAAGAGCCAAUACUAUCCUCUUUUAUCAAACAGCUUAACUAAUUCAUCUUAAAGAGAUUGUUGUCCAAACGCAAGGAAUAUUGGGGCACAAGGAACGCCUUCUUUCUUUCUUGUCCAUUCAAAGACCUGGAGCCAGUCAACUGAAUCUUCUUCUUUUUCUUUUGCGUCAGCGGCCAUGUAUCCUCUGUGCAGACAGUCCUGAGGCAUGACUAUACUUAUGUUCUCCAAUAACCUGAGGUCAGGCCCAAUUUGAACGCCUUUUUCUUUGUCAUUCUUCUCUCUCGGCUUUAUUCUACCCGCCGGAAUGUAAUUUUUGAAGCGUUUUUGAAACGAAAAGUCCUGAGGCCUGAUCUCAGGUUACAAAUCGAAUCACGGGUCAAUAUUCUUAAAUCUGUUUCUUUGAUAAAGGGUAUAAAUUCUGGAAGACCCCAGAAUACAUCUUAUCAUGAGUACAGAAUAAGGACAAUCAAACAUAACCCCAUAGGUCUGUAGUAGCCACAAGCAGGGCUCCUGCCACAAGUCAAUGAAAAAUGUUUACAUAUAGCGGACCAUGGAAGUAGGUUUUCUUGCGAUAUGUUUUUAGACGAACAUUUGAGUGAGGGACGAAGCAAGUGAAGUGAUUCCUCAUCAUCAGUUACAGUAAGCUCUAUCUGUCAUCAAGUUUGUUGUUUUCUGUUUUAACAGUUAGCGCAUUUACAGACCAAACUGGAGCGAGCUCAGAGUGUAGCAGUCAAAUGGGAAUCGCAAUGGACUCACAUACAAAACACCGCCGCCAAGAAAACUCUGCUUUUAGGGAGAAUAAAAAUGUAAGUAAGAAAAAGUGCAUGCCAUAUUAUAUUUGUAGGCUGCAGUAAAAAAAUAAAAACAUGCAUAAUAGAAAAAGUUCCAUAUUUGAAUUCAAUAAAGCGCUUAUCGUUUACAAAUUUGUCACUUUCGAUCUCAGCGCCUUUCUCAAGUAAUAUUAAAUGUUUUGUCGUGUUACUUUAUUUACACUCACAUGACAAAAUAUCCUGCGGUACAGUUAAGGUGGAUUUCCACCAUCGCGCGCUCAACUUUCACGUUUGCGCGUGGCCUUUCAUACAUUGUCUCCUUUUCAUUUACACGCGUAAAUUUUACGUGUGUUCGCACGGAAAAAUUACGCGACAGUGGAAAUCAACCCUUACGCUCGAUUGCCAGCUACUGCUCGGAAAAAUGAGUCUGCUCUCAUCCCCUCGUCUCUCUUUGGGGAGGAUCAAAGUCCGCACUUAGGAGACAGCGGAAAUCGAGUCUAGGUACGGUUCGCAACUGAGUUCUUUGUUGAGGGUAAGGCCUGACACCAUCGCGCGCUCAACUUUCACGUUUGCGCGUGGCCUUUCAUACAUUGUCUCCUUUUCAUUUACACGCGUAAAUUUUACGUGUGUUCGCACGGAAAAAUUACGCGACAGUGGAAAUCAACCUUUACGCUCGAUUGCCAGCUACUGCUCGGAAAAAUGAGCCUGCUCUCAUCCCCUCGUCUCUCUUUGGGGAGGAUCAAAGUCCGCACUUAGGAGACAGCGGAAAUCGAGCCUAGGUACGGUUCGCAACUGAGUUCUUUGUUGAGGGUAAGGGCCUGACACUAACAACACUUUAUGACUUGAUAUUUUUUUUGUGUUUGAUCAUAGGGCAACACAUAAUCUGUUUAUGCUGGUCAACAGACAUCUAAAGCAAAACACCGUAAUAGAAGUCACAGAGAAACAGCUGGAAAAGGUGAAGUUCGUGACGACGUGGUUUACUACAUUUCCUGUUAACAUUACGGCGGCUUCAGUUUAUUCCAAAAUAAAGAUUUGAACAGAAAUGUUCAAGCGAAAUGUUCACUUAGCUGAAAUCAUUUCUAAACCCACAGUCAAACAAUCAUCUCGCAAAAUAACGCUUUAAACAGCUCGGGACGGCGAAAAAACAUGACAGAACUAAGUCAACUUUUCGCUUUACUUCGUCGUUCGCUUGAAUAUAUAUUUUCGGUUGCAAUCUGUAUUUCGGAGUAAACUGUAGCCGCCGUAAUGUUCGUCUGUAUUUCUUCUUUUGAGUACAAAAGACCGAUGCUCUGAUAUUUGCUCAGAUUUCUGCCACACGAGCAGAGGGUGGUCUGCCUGUGGUAUGGUCAUGGUCGAGCCCUUGACAUCUGCGAUACCGGCGCAGCGCUCUGUACCACUUGAGCCAAAGGCUUACCACCCUAAUGAAUGUUCAUCUGUAUUUCUCCUGUUGAGUUCAAAAGACUAAUGCUCAGAUUUCAAUAAUAAGAACGGCCGCAAUGCCUGUGCUUGAGCUGACAAAAAUUAUCUCUAGAAAAUUUCUCCUCUUCCCCCUCCGCUCCCUUAUCCCCGCUCCCCCAAAUGCUUUUCUAUUAAGAGAUAUCGGAGAGUUGCGUGUUACGAGUGAAUUUUCUUUGUUCGUGUUUUUGUUUUCAGAUUCAAGUAUUUAUCCAGGAUCUGACACAAAUCACUAAUGAAAUCAAAAGAGCGGAAACAGCGGCCACUAAUGCCCCAUCAACAAUGAGCUGAGUAGCAAAGCACUGACCGGCAAACUAGAAUGAAUGUAC